AAUAUUUCUCAGCUACGAGCAACAACUUUAUUUACUACCUUACCUUAGGUACCUUACCUUAUCUUGCCUACGAACCUUGAUUGCAAGAUUCCGGGAAUUCAAUUGCGAGGAUUCGGAUUUCUUUUUCGCGCGAAUAGUUGCGAGUGGGUUGACUUCAAUUGUAUUUAAGGAUACUUUGGGUUGAGUUUGGUGUUGUUUUUUUGCUGGUGCGAAUUGAGAGCUAGAGUUGAGAGCUGCAAAUUAAGGAUUUACGGGGCGCCGCGAGAAGAAAAGAAAAGAAAAGUGAAGAUCAAUUGCGAAGCACAAAGUACGAAUUACAUCUGCAAACUGCGGAUUACCAUUACGAUCUAGAUUGCGAAUCUCGAAUACGAAUUUCAAGCGCGAAAAUGGCUGAUUACGAAAAUCGUGGAGGGUAUCAGGGUGAGCGUAGUGAUCAGGGUAAUCAAGGUGGUAGAAAUGAUCGCGGUUAUAAUCAUGGUGAGAGAGGUGAUAGGGAAGAGAGGGGCGGGAGGGAAGGAGGUGGGAGGGGUGGUUAUAGAGGGAGGUUUAAUGGAGGUGGUGGUGGGAGAGGUGGUGGGAGGAAGAGGUAUAGAGGUUAGUGACUUUUUUCGGUUUGUUUUGUUUGGGAGGUGGAUUCGGAGGGUGUUGGGAUGGGAUUCGAAUGGAUCGAGAGGAGAAAAGGAAAGGGAAUGCAGAGGAUCCAAUGACAAGAAAACAAACAUAGCUAACAAGAACUUUCUCAAACCACAGAUGAAGAUGAUUAUGAUCGAAGACCUCAACGACGUCGAUACGAAGAACCACUCAUCGUCAAAGUUCGCAAACAACUUCUUUCAAUUGCAGAAUCACCUCUAAAGCGCGUCGAAACAGAAGUAGCCGAUAUUGCCAAGAUUGUAUGUGAUAACUACGAUGAUGUCGAAUUACGCGAUUCAUUCUAUGAUUUAUCACUACAAUUGGUGGUAGAACAACCAUUCAAGAUUCCUUUUGUGGCUGCAGUGGUUAUGGUAUUGAAUACUUUGAAAGAAGACAUGGUUAAAGAGUUGUUAGAACGAGCUGCCAAGGGUUUGAAUAAAUCAAUCACGAAAGGUGAUUGGAGACAAGUCAAAUUGUUCAUGAAGUUUUUGGGAAGUUUGCAAGGUUUGUUAGAGGGUGAUGGUAUAUUCCCUGUUUUGCAAGACUUCCUGACCAAAGCCUUGGAUUUACAAACGGAGAAUAAUGAAGAGGUAUGUAUUCUGCAUACAGAUAUUGUAUUUGGUAAUCAUUGCUAAUAUUUGGCUAGACUAUUGGACCUGAAUUGGUUAAAAUCAUUCUUCUCACUAUUCCAUAUAUCAUGGCAUCUUCAGCAACAGAUGCUCAUGAGAAAGCUGCGGCUAUGAUCGAAAACACUGAUAUCAUUGCUUCUGAACCACAUGUUCUACAAGCUUUGGUUGAUCCAUAUCCUGGAAAUGCAAAGGAAGAUUCUAUUGCUCCAGUUGGUGUUUUGAGUCUUUUACAAAAGCAAUUACAGGCUGAAUCACAAAAUGGAUGGGAGCUCUUUUGUUUACCUAGACCUUGGAAGAUGAUUGAACCAGAACAACAAGAAGCUUUGGUUUUGGCUUCAAAACAUGCUUUACCAACAAUUACUCUUCCUGAAAUUGUUAAUGCUGGACCAAGACCUUUGUUCCCCGAGCUUUACUUUUCGGUUUAUGCUAAUCAAGAUGUGGAGACUGUUCCACCCAUCACCGAUAUUUCUUCAUGUUUGUUAAGAGAUGCUUUGGUUGAUACCAUCAAUAUUUUGGAUUACAACAGAAAUGCAACUGCAAAAUUCUUGAUCGAUAUUGAUUGUUAUUUUGCCCCUGAUACUUUUGUCAAGAGAGCAACUCCAUUCGAUAGACUUCGAGAUGUUGAAGGAGAUAGAUCAACAUGGAAACCUGAGGAUGUUGCAGUUGAUGCAGUAUUUUCUCAAUUAUUUCAACUUCCAGUUCCGGAACACAAACUCGUCUAUUAUCAUGCUGUCUUGACGGAAUCUUGCAAGAUUGCUCCAGCUGCUAUCGCACCAUCUCUUGGUCGUGCAAUCCGUUUCUUAUAUAGAAAUGUGGAUUCUAUGGAUCUUGAGUUGGCCAAUAGAUUUAUGGAUUGGUUUUCUCAUCACCUGAGUAAUUUUGGAUUUACUUGGAAGUGGACUGAAUGGAUUGAUGAUGUAGAACUUUCGGAUUUAGACCCAAAGAAAGCUUUUAUUAUUGGUUCUUUGGAUAAGGAGAUUCGAUUGAGUUUUGCUCAGAGAAUUAAGGGGACUUUACCACCUCCUUAUCAGCAAUUGAUUACGGAAGAGAAAGAAAAGGAUACUCCUGAUUUCAAAUUUAAUGAUCCGGGUAAGUGUCAUCAUUUCUAAGCAUGAGCUGUUCUAACAGUUAUAGACACACCAUUCAGUACAGAGGGUCAAGAAAUUCUUGCUCUCCUCCGAAGAAAGGCCGCCGAAGAUGAAAUUCAACCAAUCGUCGAUAGAAUUCACGCUCUAGCCGUUGAACAAGCACUUCCAGAUCCUCUCGUUCCAUCCACAGAUGCAUACGUAACAUCGAUCUGUUACAUCGGAUCCAAAUCACUCAGUCACGUACUUUCCUGCAUUGAACGUUGUAAAGAUCGUCUUUUAGCAGUUGGUCCGGCCUCCCCCGUCGCCAGGCGACAGAUCAUUACUUCAGUCAUGGAAUACUGGAAAGAUCAACCUGGAAUUGGAGUCAAUAUCAUUGACAAAUUACUGAAUUAUACAAUUCUUAGUCCACAAAGUGUGGUUCAAUGGGCACUUGGCAGUGAGGGUAAGAAAUUGAGUCAGGCCUUUGUUUAUGAAAUGGUCAGUGCAACCGUAGGAAAAGUAACAGGCCGAAUUCGUCAAGUUCAAUUAAGUCUUCGCGUCCCAGGACUCUUAGAAGAACAAAAAGCCCUGAUUAACCAAACGGUUGAAAUGGAAAGAGUUAAUAUGCGUGAAUUAGGACAAGAAAUGGAUGAUCUUCUUAGCUCAUGGGCAAAUGGAUCGAAGGAUCAAAUGACAGAUAUGGAUGGAAAUGGAAUGGCGGGUGACGAGAAAUUGGUUAGAGCAUGGGGUGAGAGAUGGCUGAGAGUUUUUAGGAGAAAAUUUGCUGUUGAGGAGGCGUGGGGAACGGAGGCUAGUAGGUGGGUUAUGCCAGAACCAGAACCAGAAGUGGAGGAGGUGGAGAUGAAUGUCUCUGCUGGGGAAGGAGAUGCACUUGCGGAUGAAAGGGUAAAGAAUCCUGAGGAAAUGAGAAUUGAUGGGGAGGGUGUAGGUGCUGAGGAUUAUGAGGGGAUUGAUUAGACACCCACGGAAAUCUAAUCGAGUAGAUCAGGGAGGGAGAUUGUGGUCAAAGUGAUAUGGAUAUGGAUAUAAGUUGCAACAUAAGAAUAGAACAAAACAGGAAAGGAAAGGAAAGGGAGAAAAAAGCUAGGCGAGACACGAAAGAAUUUGCAUAAGCAAGUAAGCACUGCAUGAUGGGGAAAGGAAAAGAAAAAAUCUCUUCGCUUUCAUUCUCAUUUUCAUUCUCAUCUAUUUUUCUUUCAAUGUUCAGUUCAAUUUUCUUAUUUCUUUUUCUCUGUACGAUUAAGAUGGAUGGCUGUAUGUAUGCACA